CGGAACCCUCACGCUCUGACCCGUUGGGCCGACGCCUCGGCUCCGGCAUGGCGGGCAUCAUAUCCAAGCUGAAGAGCGUGAGCACACAGAACCCACCGCAGCUGGAGAGUAACCCGAUCAUGCAGUACUUCGAGAUCGGCAAGGAGAGCAGCAACGCGGGCCCCGGGCUCGUGUGGCGCGUUCACGACGCCUACAGGAAAAGUGACGGGAAGGAAUGCUCAGUAUUCAUAUUCGACAAGCGGAUCGCUGAGAAACUGUACAAGCCGAAACGCAAGGAGAGCAUGCUCGACCGCCUCCGAGCAUGCGUAGCCCUGCUUGAAAAGCUGCGCCACCCGAAGAUGCUGCAGAUCAUUCACUCGCUCGAAGAGGGCCACAACACCAUCGCCUUUGCCUCUGAACACGUACUUGCGAGCCUGCACAACAUACUCGCCUGGCAUGAGUCAACUCCGGUGGUGCCGGGCGCGCAGCCGCCGGUGCUUCCGCACCCGGUGUCGCUCGGCCCCCCGGGCAUGCAGAGCCCCCAGGUGAACGCCGCCCCGCAGCGGCCACCCUACGCCAAGGAAUACUUCUUUUUGGACAUUGAGCUUCGAUAUGGAUUACUCCAGAUUAUCGAAGCGCUGCACUACCUGCACUACACGGCGCGCCAGAUCCACCGCAACGUGUGCCCACAAGUGAUCAUCGUUACCAGACGCGGCACAUGGAAACUUUUCGGCUUAGAGUUUAUCGAAAAUAUUCUUGGAGAUGAUCCCACAGAGAUGCUGACAGUUGCGCCGUGGUCUAUCAAAGUGGCCAAGAUUGCCCAGCCAAACCUUGACUAUUUGGCUCCCGAGGUGCAGACGAACGGCAACUGCAACAUCUUGUCGGACAUGUUCUCUCUGGGGCUGGUGAUAUGCGCGGUAUUCAACUCCGGAAAACCACUUAUACAGGCCAACAACAAUCCCAUGCUAUACGUCAAGCAAAUCGAAUUCUUGGACGAGCAAGUGAGCGCCGUGUUGCCGCGAGUGCCCGCCGCGCUGCAGGAGGCAGUGCAGAGGCUUCUAUCCCGCGACCCUCAUCCGCGUCCCACCACACAGCUGCUACCACUCAUUAAAUACUUCAAAUGCCAAAGCGAAAUCGCUAUCCAAGCCAUGCAGUUCCUUGAUGUGAUCACAAUGAAGGACCCCAACUCAAAAAGCAACUUCUACAGGCUAACUCUCAUCGACGCACUUCCAUACAUACCAAAGAAACUGCGCUGGCAGCUGGUUUGGCCGGCGCUGCAGCUGGAGGUACGCACCGCCGAGGUGCUGGCCGCCGUGCUGCAGCCCAUCAUCUGGCUCACCAACGAAGCCACCCCUGACGAGUUCAGCCACUAUGUUCUUCCCACCCUCAAGAAUCUGAUGAAUUCUCCAAAGAGCGUUCAGGCCUCAGUCACGGUCUUAGAGAAUUUGCACAUAAUUUUAAAGAAGUGCAAAAAGGAUGAGAUGAACAAUGAGAUUAUGCCUAUGCUCUACACAGCUUUGGAUAACAACACUAAUCAAAUACAGACUUCGUCUCUAAUUGCAAUGCAGAACGUAUCCGAUUACAUCGAGGAUAAGGCACUCCAUGGAAUUGUGCUGGGGAAGGUUAAAGUGCUAUUGGAAAAAAAUCAGAGUGAUGUUAAGAUAAUUAGCCUAAUCCUCGGAUUUUAUGAAAAGAUUUUAGUUAGAUUGGAAAGAAAUCAUAUUCUCGAGCAAGUGAUCCCUACUCUUCUGAGCAUGAGGUUGAGCGAUCCCGAUAUUAUCAACCGCGUUGUCCGGCUUUACAAGUCAAUGCUCUUGGAGAGGAAAUUCGGCUUAACAACGAACGUAAUGGCAACAAAGAUGAUCCCAUCACUGGCACCGCAAACAGUCAAUCCAGCGUUGAACGUUGAUCAAUUCACUAACCUAAUGGAGAUUCUCUAUGAUAUGUUGGACAACAUUGACAAGAACCAGCGCUACAAGUUGAAGCUGGACAGCUUGACUUUGCCAAGUCCCGAGCGGCAUCGUCCACUGCGACACCAGAUGAGCACCGACAAUAUGAACGUACCCCCCUUCAACAUCCCCAACUUGCGUGUAGAGCAGCGUAAGACCUCCAGCGCCGAAGACAUGGCACGCAAGAACUCUAUCGGUGGACAGAGUAUCGGCACGGGGAGUGUUGGUGGCGGCUUCAAGAGUACUGGAAUUGGGCAAUGGUUCUUUGGAUCGAGCAACUCCACAGCCGCUGAUAACAACUUCUUACGUGUGGCUAGCGCAUUUCCUAACCGUCGCCUCUCUGAUAACACUCUAAUGACCCCCAAAAUUCGUAUAGCACCCUCUUGCGCAUCGUCCCCCGGUGGCACUCCAGGGGGUAAUUCAGGAUUACCCACAAGACGCCAUUCCAGUAUUGGCCCUCAAGAACGUCGUGGGUCAGCAGUUAAUUUGUCGCCGCCUGCCGGCGGGUCUAUGCCGAAUACGUCGUCCAGCGUGCCGUUUCUGCUGACGUCAUCGAUGCAGUCGAUCCGGUCACGGCGGCCGUCGGCGUGCUUGAGUGGCUCGCAGGGAUCCGGCAUCUUGCAGCAGCUUAGCAGCGGCAUGUACCAGCUGUUUUCCGGGCGUACGUAAAGAGAGUUUCGAUAAAGAUAUAGCCGCGUAGCGUUAAAGCGAACGCAAUGAUAGCGGCGCCGUCGCGUGUCGCCGCGCCGCCGCGCCGCCUCGACGCUCCGCGGCCCCCACUUCACGCCCGUCUCGACACACUCAUCUCAUGUUAUUUAUGAACAGCACGUGCUCUGUGACAAUUAUCGUA